UCCGCAAUUCUCCCGCGAGCCCCGGCAGGGAGGGCAGCCCCCCGAGCACCCAGCUUGUUCCAAUCGCUUCCUCUUUCCAGCUGGUACCCAAAACGUGCACCUUUGCGAGGGCUACCUGGACCCCGCCGGGCUCCACCACGCCGGCUUCUACUGCCCACGCCUCACCGACCCCCCGACCCACGCCUACUGCUGCCUGCCUGCCGCCUCUCGCCGCUUCAAGUCCUGCUGCCCACGGCCCGAAUUUGAAAGGAUCCGCGGCAAUGCCUCGGCUUCUGCUCCGCCAGCCGCGCCCCGGAGUCCGUUGGGGCCGCUGCUGGGCGUGGGGCUCUACGGCUGCCUCGUCCUGGCCCUCAUGACCGUCGACUUCCUUCACUUCUACCGCCUCCACCAGCGCAGCUUCCACCGCCUCCUCCACCGACGAAUCCUGGGGAGGUGUCCCUGCAAGAAACAGGAAGCCGGCAAGAAGGUCCCGGAGCUCCGCCGGGAGGGCAACGAGCUCUUCCAGACAGGCCGCUAUGAGGAGGCGCUGGCCGCCUACACCCGGGCCCUCAGCCUCUGCCCUGGGGAUGGCGAGGAGCCCGACCCGCACCGCGCUGUCCUCCACCGCAACCGCGCCGCCUGCCACCUCAAGCUGGAGGACUAUGUCCAGGCAGAACUGGACGCUUCUAAAGCCAUAGAAGCUGAUGGACAUGACGUGAAGAGCCUCUUCCGGCGCAGCCAAGCCCGGCAGAAACUGGGCCGCUUCGACCAGGCCCUCCUGGAUCUGCAGAGGUGUGUGAGCCUGGAGCCCAAGAACAAGGCCUUCCAGGAGGCUCUGCGCAACCUUGGCAGCAGCAUGCAUGAGAAGAUGACAGCCAUGUCCCGCACAGACUCCAAAGUGGAGCAGAUGUUUAAGUUGCUGCUGGACCCUGAAGAAAAAGAUCUGGACAAGAAACAAAAGGCAGCUCAGAAUUUGAUUGUUUUGGCUCGCGAGGAGCCUGGUGCUGAGAAGAUUUUCCAGAACGACGGGGUGCGCCUCCUGCUACAGUUGCUGGAUACAGGUCGGGCGGACACGGUGCUAGCAGCUGUGCGAACCCUCACUGGCCUUUGCAGUGGGCAUCGUUCUCGGACUGCAGUGAUCCUGGCUGCGCUGGGGCCCCAGCGCCUCUUUGCUAUCCUAGAGAUGGAGGAUGAGCAAGCCUCGCUGGCAACCUACAGCCUGCUGCAGGUUAUGUUUGAUGCCCUCAAGGAGGGGCUGCAGAGGGAUGUGCGUGGCAAGGAGGAAGCUGUGGUCUUGGAUACAUCCAAAGAGCUGAAAUUGCUCCUCAAGCAGCUGCUGGAAGCCCUGACCCGGGAGAGCAUUUCCUCCUAUGGCCGGGACAGCAUCCUCAACCUGCUGAUCAGUGUGGUGCCCCGGAAGUCGCUGAAGGACCCCAACAACUGCCUGACCCUCUGGGUCAUUGACCAGGGUCUCAAGCAGAUCCUGGAGGUGGGGGGCACAGUGAGCCACAGUCCUGGGGGCCUGCGGGUGACGGAGAACACCCUCAUGAGCGCAGCCGUCCUCCUCAGCAAGCUCUAUGGGGACCUGAAGUGCGAUGGGGAGCGGGAGAAUUUCCACCGGCUCUGCGAGGACUAUGUCAGGGGCUGGUUCCAGGACCACGGCGUCCCUGGGAAAUUGCGGGCCAUCCAGACGGCCUCCUGUCUCCUGCAAGGCCCCUCCGAGGCUGGGAACAGGGUGCUGGAGCUGAGUGGCAUCAUGGAGAGCAUUCUGGCCUUGUGCGCCUCGUCGCGGGAGGCUGACCAGCUUGUGGCCGUGGAGGCCCUGAUCCAUGCUGCCGACAAGGCCAAGCGGGCCACCUUCAUCACUGCCAAUGGGGUGACACUACUGAAGGAGAUCUACAAGCACAGCGAGCGCGACAGCAUUCGCAUCCGGGCCCUGGUGGGCCUCUGCAAAUUGGGCUCGGCGGGGGGCACAGAUUUCAGCAUGAAGCAGUUUGCGGAAGGCUCUACCCUGAAGCUGGCCAAGCAGUGCCGGAAGUGGCUGUGCAAUGAGGCCAUCGAUGCCGGCACCCGCUACUGGGCAGCUGAGGGACUGGCCUUCCUCUCCUUGGAUGCGGACGUUAAGGAGGAGCUCCUGGAGGACAAGGCUGCCCUGCAGGCUCUCUUCUGGCUGGCCAGGUCAGAGAACCGGAGCGUCCUCUUUGCGGUGGCCUCCACACUGGUGAAUUGCACCAGCAGCUACGACCAAGAGGAGCCUGACCCCCAGAUGGUGGAGCUGGCGAAGUACGCCAAGCAACACAUCCCUGAGAAGCACCCAAAGGACAAGCCAGAGUUCGUGCGCCAACGUGUGAGGAAGCUGCUGGCUGCCGGUGUGGUGUCAGCGCUCACCUGCAUGGUGAAGAGUGAAAGCCCCUCCCUGAGCCCCGCCUGCCGAGAGCUGAUCUCCAGGGUGUUCCUGGCUGUCGUGGAAGACCCUGAGGACCGAGGGGCUGUGGUAGCUGCUGGAGGCGGGAAGGCACUCAUCCCUCUGGCCCUGGAAGGCACUGAAAUAGGGCAGACGAAGGCUGCGCAGGCCCUGGCUAAGAUCACCAUCACCACCGCCCCCGAGAUGGCUUUUCCGGGCGAACGGAUCUAUGAGGUGGUCCGGCCCCUGGUGGGCCUCCUGCACUUGAACCGCAGUGCCCUGCAGAAUUUCGAAGGGCUGAUGGCUCUCACCAACCUGGCGGGGACCAGUGAGCGGCUCCGGCAGAAGAUUGUGAAGGAGAAGGCUGUGCCCAUGAUCGAGGGCUACAUGUUUGAGGAGCACGAAAUGAUCCGCUUGGCAGCCACUGAGUGCAUGUGCAACAUGGCGCUGAGCCCAGAGGUCGGAGAGCUGUUCCUGGUGGAGGGCAGUGACCGGCUCAAGCUGCUGGUCCUGUACAGCGGGGAGGAUGAUGAGAGGCUCCAGCGGGCAGCUUCAGGGACAUUGGCCGUCUUGACCUCGUUGCUGCCCCAGAUCUGCUCCCGCAUCCCUCAAGUGACGACUCACUGGCUGGAGAUCCUGCAGGCCCUGCUCCUCAGCCCUGGCACCGAGCUCCAGCACCGCGGGGUGGUGGUAGUGAGGAACAUGGUGGCUGCUGACAAGGAGGUGGCCGAGAAGCUGAUGGAGAGCGAGACGAUGGAGAUCCUGUCUGUUAUGGCCAAGGCCAAGGCCAAGCCCCAGAUUGCCCAAGUGGCCCAGGAGUGCCUGGCGCAGGCCGUGGCUUAUGGCUUGAUCAAGCCCAACCCUCCUGCAGCUGCCGAGAAGGAGGAGGACUGAGAGCUGCCCCCUCCCGACCUGCUUGGGCACACUGCGCUGUUGCUGCUGCUGGGCACAGGCACCAGGGCACAGGAGGGAGGGGGCUUGGGGCUGCUGGGACCAGGGGAGUGAGCCACAGUGAUUGCCGCUGGCACCCUUCAGAGCCACAGGGGCUGGUGCCACCAUUUUGUGGCACAGAAGGCAGCUCCAGGGGCUGUUUUGCAGCCUCUUGGUGCUCUUGGCUGACUCUCACCUGGAGGAGGGUGUUGCUGGGCUGCUGCUGCCACACACCUUGGCAGCGCUGGUGGUGACGGGUGGUGGGCUCCCCAACUACCCCUAGGCUUGGGGUCACGGAGCUGCUUGUGCUGCAUGGCUGCCUUUUUUUAAUUUCCUGCUGCUGGAAAUCACAGCCUUCCUGUCCCUCUGGAGCUGCUCCUUCAUGGUCUGAGGCUGCAGCUCCUGAGGCCUCCUCCCCUCCCUUGGGGUAGGAAGAAAUUGCCUUACUGACAAUCCAUUCCUCUUGCCCUCUGUGGCAAACAGGACCACCGUUUAUUGUAAGUAAAUAUGAUGUGGGAAAGAAUGUAAACUGUAUGAAAAGAUUAUGGGAAACUAUACAGAUGACUUUUUCGGUAAA